AUGAAGGCCGCAUCAAGCACUGAGAUGGAGGUGUCAGACCGAUACAACUCAUCCCAUCUCUGCGUUCCGUCCCCAGACGGAGCCCACAUUGCCGGUAUCAAUGGCAGCCGACUUCAUAUCCGCGCAACAGGCAACCUCGAAGUAGUCCGCAGCAUCCAGACCCCUCCAGAUCACGAUCCAAAGAGUCAAACCAUACGCUGGGCUCCACCUUCUUCGCGAGAAACUAUCUCAGAUCGCUUCCUCCUUGCCGAUGCGACCAACGUUCGUGCAUACGACAUCCGCGACACCAAAUGGUGCGCACACAUGAACAAUGGCAGUGGUGGCGCAGGCAAGAUUGUGAAUGCAGAGUUCGGAACGACGGAGAACGAAGUGCUGCUCUUCUCGGACUUCUGUGCUAGGAUGACAGUCUGGUCACUGAUCACGGGCCGCAGCGUCGAGAUCAAAGAUCCCAAAUUCCCCUCGACGAAAGGUUUUGGACUCAGGCCUGAGAACGGUGUGCUGGCACUCUUGAGCAGACCAGGUCCGCAGGAUGUACUCACGCUGCACGCGCCAAACAGCCAUGCUGUGAUCAAGACGGUGCAACUCCCGACGGCAGAUGCGCAGGGCUUGAAGUGGAGUCCGGACGGAUGGUGGCUUGCUGUCUGGGACGCGCCAAGUGUCGGGUUCAAAGUACACAUUUUCACGGCAGACGGUCAUCUAUAUCGUGAGUGGAACGGAGAGGCAGUGGACGGUAUCGUUGGCUUGGGUGUGAAGAGCCUGGAAUGGAGUCCAAGAAGAGACUUCCUGGCCAUUGGAGGGUUUGAUAGGAGGGUCACUCUCCUGAGCACGCGCACGUUCUCCGCUGCAGUGUUUCUCGAUCAUACGCCAACCAUCCAGCUCGCUGUGGGUGACGUCUGGCAGGAGCAAGUCUCUGCCAUAUCAGAGCGAAGAUACACCAUCGCGCCGCAACCGGUAUCUCCGCCGAAGGCGCCAUCCCCCUCUAAUGAUGCGAGUCCAAAAAGCGGCAUCUCCAUCAUAGCGUUCAAUGCGGAAGGCACUUUCGUGGCCACAAGGGACGACUCCACACCGACCACCGUUUGGCUUUGGGACUUGACACGCCUCGCGCCCCAGACCGUCCUGAUCCAACAUUCUCCUGUCAAGCACCUCUCUUGGCACCCGACGAAAUCCCACCUGCUACUAAUUCAGUGCACGCACGAUGACGCGACCGUUUACGUAUGGGACUCGCUCAAAGCUGCGCCAGAGGCCCUGAGUAUACCCUUUGACAGACCAGUUAAUCGACUCGAAGCCCGCUGGUUGAGCACACUCUGCGAUAAGAAACCGUGCAUCGUCCUUGGAGAUGCUACUGGCUAUGUACUCGCGUGGCCUGAAGGCAGGGACGCCAUCCUCAGGUUCGAGCAUCCGGGUACGCCGGGCGUGGGUGACGAGAGCGAGGACUCGUUAUAUGAGAUCCUUACUGGGAAAAAGUCGGUGCCGGACGGUAGUGACACUAUUGCUCUGGCCGAUGAUGCCUGGGAUGAAGAUGAGAGCUUGUCCCUGGAUGAUACAUUUCAUGGCCGUGGAAACACAGGAUCUAAAGAGAGGCAUGACUUGUCAACCACUUCGUCACUGGCGGAAUGUUUCUGA